AAGGCUUCAUUCCCAUCCCCAGUUGUGGCUCAACCAAACACCUGUACUAAUCCCUCUACUCCCACCCCAGAAGACAUGGAGAGCCUGAAUGAUGUGCACAAUCCGUUGCUGGCCAGGAGUAAUGGCCAUCUUGCCAGCCCGUAUCCCUUCCAUGAGGACUCUCCGACUUGGGACUGCCAGGAGAAGCUCUAUUCCUACCUCUUCAGCAGUGCUGGCCAAGCCAGAACCCACCAACUGUUAGAUGCAGGGUCCCUGCAGCUGGCUGUAGAGGCACUUUACGGGUCCAACUUUCUCCUAGUCAAGGAUAAAGCAAAGGAGUGGAAAGGAGAUAGCUGUGAGACUACCUUCACAGAGAGCAAGGAGCCCCAGGCCAGCACCCCUGAGAGAGUCCAGAGACCCGGCGAGGCUGAGGAGGAUGCCAAAAUCCAGACAGUAUCCUUCGAAGUGGAAGAAGAGUUUCUAGAGGUGGAGGAAGAAGAUGAUGAUGAGAGUGAUUCCUCCAGUGCCAGUGAGAGUGAAGAUGGUUUCCUCACACUUCCACCGAGGGACCACCUUGGCCUUGCCAUCUUCUCCAUGCUCUGCUGCUUCUGGCCCCUGGGCAUUGCUGCCUUUUACUUCUCACAAAGGACCAGCAAGGCCAUCUCCAAAGGGGACUUUCACCUGGCCAGCAUGACUUCUCGACGAGCCCUCUUCCUGGCCAUCCUCUCCAUCACCAUUGGCACCGGUGUCUAUAUUGCAGUGGUGGUGGCACUGGUGGCUUACUUGUCCAAAAGUAGCCAGGGCUAG